AUAAUAGUGUUACACAUUGCCCGUCAUGUGUUUCUCAUCAUAGCGAAAAGGCUGGAAUAAGAAAUAAAGAAACCCAAUAUUAUUAUUCUCUAUACAGUUUUUUUACACAGGCUUAAAAAUGCUUAUGUUUUGUCCAACGUGUGGAAAUGUGUUAAUCGUGGAAGAGGGUCAGAGAUGCUACAGAUUCGCGUGCAAUACAUGUCCAUACGUACACAAUGUCACGAGGAAGGUGAAUAACAGAAAGUACCCUAAACUGAAAGAGGUUGAUGACGUUCUCGGAGGCUCCGCUGCGUGGGAAAACGUGGAUUCAACAGCAGAACCGUGUCCAAAAUGUGAGCACCCAAGGGCUUUUUUCAUGCAGAUACAAACUAGAUCUGCAGAUGAACCCAUGACAACUUUCUACAAGUGCUGUAAUCUACAAUGUGGACAUCGGUGGAGGGACUAAAUUAUCAAUUAUAUUUGAAAAUUUCCCCCUUAAUAAUACAUAUGUUUAAAUAUAUAGGAUAUAAAAAUAUAUAGGAUUUCAUAUAAGGUAAGGAGUUGAGAGCCAGGUAUAUACAAUUAGAAACCUUGGAUAUCUUUGCACAUACUUUUAUCUUUAUUUUACUAUUAUUAGUUCAUUCACUAAUCAGUUUUCAUUUAUUUAUGUCUGAUAACUGCAUUGUUUACAGACAGUUUUGCAGUCUGACUUGGUGACGGAAACAUGUUUUGUGCAUAAAUAAAAAGAUCACUCGUAAA